CAAGGGCACAAGAAUCGUAAUCUCUUCGCCAGCUUUCCAGUCACUCCUUUCAGCCACGAUCGCUUCUGCUUAGAGACAAUAACCUCGAAUCUUAUCUCCCACCAUUACAUCAGGCCUCCUACACCGCUCGCAAUCAUGACCCGCGCACAGCAGACCAUCUCUCUUGCGCUCCUCGUGAGCUCGCUCUACCUCGCUCUCUUCCUCCAGCUCAUUCCGAUCCCCGCCAAGAUCCAGAACGAUGUCGUCCCCGUUCUGCCCUUCUGGGCUCUCAUCUCCUUCGGCUCCUACCUACUGGCCAAACUCGGAUACAAUGUCAUGACCUUUAACGACGUGCCCGAGGCGCACAAGGAGCUCAUGGCUGAGAUUGAGGAGGCCGUCGUCGACCUGAGGAAGCUUGGUGUUGAUGUGGACUAAGGGAAUGAUGAUGUCUACGAGAGACCGACGGCUCGAUGCGAAUACCGACAUUGUAGGAUACUUGGAGGAUGUAGCCUAAGAUAUGUCGAUGAAAUAGGCUCGUCGACGUCUGCAUCAACCCGUUCACGAUUUUACUCCUGCU